AUGCGCGCUCUCGACCUGAAAAGCACGACACUCCCGCUCACCCUACCCUUCAUCCGCGCAUACCCCAACCUCGAGCGCCUCGCCUUCCACGUCGUCUCCAGCGAGUACGGCAACCCAGGCCCGCACCUAUGGGAUACAUGGCUGGCCCAGAAUAUGCACGAGCAGCAGCGCGCGGGGCUCGCGUGGGAGCGUCUGCGCGCAUUCGACGGUGCCCUGCCUGCCCUGUACGCCCUGGGCCUGACGUGCGGCAUCGAGCGCGUCGCGCUGUCCCACGUCCACUCCAGCCGAGGGCACAUGCUCGGUCCUGUGCUGGCGUGCGCGCGCCCGCGCGUCCUCACACUGGAGGGAUGGCCUGGGGUCGUGCGGGCCCCGCAGGGCGAGAACACGUUCGCGGCGCGGCUGGAGGACCUGACGAUCGAGGCGCGGCUGGGGAAUGAGCACGUCCAGGUCGACUUGGGCGUUGCACUGGAUGGUCUCCUGGACGCACUCGCGGGCGCGCCCCUGCGCCAGUUCACGCUGCGCAUAUACACGGAGAACAUCGAGCCCCCGGGCGGGCUUUAUGAUUAUGAGGCCCUCGCGAACGGCCCGUUGAGCACCGUAGAACGGGCUGCGCGGGACCUUGACGUGGUGGAGUUCCUCGGACGGUUAAUGGCGGCGAUUCCGACGCUGGGGGCGGCGGUGGUGUCGGUGCAGGGGCCGUGCAACUCGCAUAGGUGGCGGACGGCACGCUUUGCGGAUGGGCGGGUGUCGUUCGAGGAUAGCGCGGUGCUUCCUGUGCGCCCCCGCCGGAAGGGUGUCCGCUGA